UGUAGUCCUACAAGCAAGGGUUCAGUUCAUAAUACCAAAUAACCUGUAACAACUUCCUUGUGCUUCGGUAGAGAUAAAGGUUUGGGAGUAGAGAGAAAAGCUUCUCUCUGUACUUUCAGCAACUGAACGGUUGCUGGAAUUAACACAUUACCAACUUUAAUAAAAAAAUUGGUACAAAGGCAUCCCCGUUGGUAAACGAAAAAAACCAAGAAAAAUUAGGACCUCACAAAGGUUUCUCAAGUAAAAAUUGCCGACCUUGGUACACAGCUUUUCAGCCUGUUUGUACUCUUUCAGCUUCAUUUUGGAAGCAACCUUCAACGCCUUAGCCUGUUUUUUCUCUUCAGCAAAAGCCAUAUCAUACUCAAUGUACUUCACAGCCUGCUUGGAAGAAGGUUCAGUGAGAUUAAGAACAUAGGUCAAGUCAUCAGCUUCACAAACCAAUAUGUUAAUCAUGCAAAGCCCAGAUUCAUUAACAAAUAUUGAGGCAAUGAAAUCUAAUGAACCCUGGACGGCGGCGCCGGCGACUGCUGCUGCUUUUUUGGCUUCCGCAUAGAGUCGACGGUUGCGACGACAUCAACAGUGUAAUCAAUUAGGUCACAGUGACUUCGAGUUAUAGUUGGAGAGGAAAACCUCAAACCCAAUCCUUAUUAAUAAAGGAUAAGGUUAAGAGGAUAAGGAAAUUCAAUCCGUACUGGUAUAGAAACAAGUCACCCUCUCGACUCUAUAAAUAGCUCCAGUGGUUAUACCUUGUUUUCCGCUCCAUCCCUAGUAAUCAGAGCUCAUAGCAUUUCAAUACUUACGAUCUUUGCUCAUCAAAACACUUUGUGUGAUUUCAUGGCUGUAACAACUGACCAGGAUCCAAAAACAGAGCCUGCUGACAUCCUAGCAGCAGAGCAAAAGAAGGAGGAGAAGAACAAGGCCAGAAAGGCGAAGAAGGCGGAUGCAGAGCAGAAAAAGAAGAAGGCCGAGGAGGCUCAACUUAAAGAUCAUCAUAAUAGGCAACUUCUUGCUCGGGCAAAGAUGGUGUCAACUAGUAGUAGUGUUAAUGCCUCUAGAAAAUCUGAAGUUAAAGGCCGUCAACCGAGUUUGCAGUCUCAUCAAGCCCCGAAAUCUCUUGUUGAAGCGGCUGUAACUCCUUUUCCUAUUGCGAUGAUGGCGUCAACCCAAAUCCUCACGAUGGUGCCUUUUGCGGAGAGGGUGCCAAUUCCAGUCCUCAAGAUGGCGUCAGUGAGAAAAGGCAACAAUAAUGCAGAUGCUGAAAUUGUUCCUGCUACUGCUAUUGUGACUGCUACUCUUCCUGUUGUUGAGGAAAUCAAUAAUAUCAUCAACACUGUCCCUGAGACCAAUCAAUUUGCAGAUGUAAUGAACAUCAAGGAGGAACUUGCAGUAGUUUCCGAGGCAAAGAGUAAUGAUGAUGAAAUAUCUGAAGCAAGAGGAAAUGAGGUUAUUAGGGAAGAAGAGCAGGAAGAGUUAAAUGCUGAAACAAUUGUUGUUCCUGGCUCUACUACCACUACUAAUGUGAUUACUAGUGUUCCUGUCCAGGAGGGAAAUAAUAUCAGCAAUGUCCCCGAGGCCAAUCAAUUUGCAGAUUUGAUGAACACGAAGGAAGGCCUAGUAGUUUCCGAGGACCAGGCAAAGAACAGUAAUGAUGUUGCUGAAGAUAAACUUGAAGUAAGGAGAAAAAAGCUUCCUGAGGCAAAUCAGAAUGCCUCAAAUGCAGAAGCAACCAAGAAGACAGAAAACAAAGUACAGAGGCAGAAAGCCGAAGCCAUAAGAAUUGAAGGAUAUAACAUGUUUUCUCUUCUUCUUGAAGAAUCAGAAAAUGAGCAGGAGCAGGACAUAGAGGCCAAGAGAGUAGAGGAAGCUGCAACCACAACCGAAGAAAAUCCUUGUGGAAGUGAGUCUGAGAAGGAGCCAGAGAUAGAGGCCAAAAGAGUUGAGGAAUCUGCAAUUACAACUGAAGAAAAACCUCACGAAAGUUGGUUUGAAGCCGAAAGUAGUCGGGAGGAGCAAAACAUGGAGGCCAAAAGAGUCGAGGAAGAUGCAGCUGCCAAGAAGAAAACAGAGAAGAGGAAAAGGAAGAGGAAAAGAAAGGCAGAGAAACGUAAUGAAAGUUUCCCAUCAAUUGGAGUUCUUUCUUUGGCAUUGGUAUGCCUUCUGAUUUACAGUUUUCUAUAGGCGAUUAGGCGAUUUGAAGCCAGUUUUAUUUUUUAAAUAAGAACCCUUAAGUUGAAGCCGUUCAUUUUAUGGUACAAAAUGCUUCGACUUAUUAUUGUUACAUGACUAAUAUUGUGUUAAAUGAAGACCAACUGCUUGGUUUGUUCAAGUAUGAUUU